GGAGAUAAUGAUAAUGAGCUUUGGGGCCACAAAGGAGAGGCUGCACAAAGCAUAAGUACCCUCUCUUCAGCUAAACUGAAACAGAACUUACAGUAAUGGAGGCAACUUCCACCAUAAAUGAAAAAUGGAGGUUCUGCAUAUUUGCAUGCUUCGUAGGCUCCAUCACCCUGCUUUACUGUCUGAAACAUGACCAAGACGGGAUAAACCUUUUGGCUUCUGGAAACAUUACCAUAACUAUGACAUCGUCCAAUGACUCGAACCAACAUCCAUCAUCUGGCAUGCCGUUCUUGCAACUAUCGAACGCAUCAGAACAUAGAAAAGACGUAAACGAGAAGGAAGAUAGCUGCAAUAUCUUUGACGGAAAAUGGGUAUAUGAUCCAACAUCAAGUCCUCUAUAUCAUGGAUCACAGUGUCCAUUUCUGAGUGAACAAGUGAGUUGCCAAAGGAAUGGGAGGCCAGAUUCUGAAUACGAAAAAUGGAGCUGGGAAGCCAAGGGGUGUCGUAUUCCGAGGUUUAAUGGUACAAACAUGUUAGAGAGACUUAGAGGAAAGAGAGUAAUUAUAGUUGGGGACUCCAUCAAUGGAAACCAGUGGGAGUCGCUUGUUUGCCUUCUUUACUCCACUAUUUCCUCCUCACGUGGUCACAUUGACAUGAACAUACACGACAAAAUUUUCCGAGCCAAGGAGUAUAAUUGUUCUGUUGAAUUCUAUUGGAGCCCCUUUCUUGUACAAUUGGAAGGAAACGAAGAAAAUGGUGGUCGAAUUCUAAGGUUAGACAAACUUUCUGACUGGGAAAAGAAAUGUCGUGGCGCUGAUAUUAUGGUAUUUAACACUGGUCACUGGUGGCAUAAUGGUGGUAGGUUAAAAAGGUGGGACUUGUUCCAAUAUAAAGGAAAGGUGGUGGAGGAGAUGGAGGUCCAAUCAGCAUUUGGGAUGGCAAUGAGGACCUGGGCUCGUUGGAUUGAUCGCAACGUAGACAAGACCAGUACAAAGGUCUUUUUUCGAAGCUUUUCACCAGUACAUUAUGGGAAGCAGAGGUGCUACAAUCAAACCCAACCCAUCAAGGACGAGUCUUAUGUAGAAAAAUCUCCCAAUCCCAUUGUAGAGGUUGUUGAGAGAACAAUUAGACGCAUGAGGACGCCAGUGAGGUACUUGAAUAUCACAAAACUAUCGCAAUAUCGAAAAGAUGGGCAUACAACACUAAACACAAUAAGGCAAAAGAAGCUGCCAAAGGCAAUGAAACAAAGACAACCAAUGUCUCAUGAUGAUUGCAGCCACUGGUGUUUGCCCGGAGUGCCGGAUACAUGGAACCGGCUACUAUUUGCAUCUAUGGUCAUGGACAACUCUAGUGACAACUCUUAGUUUUUAACAUACGAUUUGUUUAUGUUCAAUUAUUCAUAGAGAUGAACAGUGUGUUGUUCAGAAAUGCUGCCCAACUUUAAUUGCUUUGCAAGGACUUCUCACCCACGAA